AUGCCCUCCAAAUGGAAUGUUGCUCGCGUCACAACUUACAAGUGCAUGGGGCGUGGCUGGAGACUUCGUGCGCUUAUUGGAUCCAAGGAUCUGAAGUCAAGGCGCAAGAUGGCGUCAGACAAGGCGUCAAUAGGGGAUGGUUCCGAACCUGCGGAAGUUGUAAAGCCGCUUCCCAACGCUAAAGCGCAACUCGGCAAGCACCGGGAAUCGCAGUACCAGAAACUGGCACCAGCACGGGGGACUUUCCUGACCAUGGUUGGCAUGGUCCUCCUGCUGUUCCUAACGCCGCCUGCAGCAAUCUAUGUGUGGUACAUCCACGCCCAGAAAAACGGCUCUGUCGCAGAGUUCUACCACUUUGCAAUGGAGGAGGGUCUGUCGGGGGUCUGGUCUAUUUGGCCGCGACCCACCGGCACGGCCUGGGCAAUCAUUGGGAUCUUUGGCGGGUUUGAGGCUUUGUUGCAGCUAUACCUGCCGGGAAAAGAGGUGUAUGGGCCGGUGUCGCCAGCAGGCAACAUUCCAGUUUACAAGGAUAACGGGAUCCUAGCAUACGGGAUCUCGCUGAUAGCCUACAUGGCUGCUUGGAAGUUGGGUCUGUUCCAGGCCACGUUGGUGUGGGAUCACCUUGGGGAGGUGUUCUCCGCCCUCAACAUUUUCAGCCUCCUACUGUGCGGCUUCUUGUACAUCAAGGGUCGUUCUUUCCCUUCGUCAUCGGACUGGGGAUCGGCCGGCAACUUCGUCUUCGACUUCUUCUGGGGCAUGGAGCUCUACCCCCGCAUCGGCAAAAACUUCGAUAUCAAGGUCUUCACCAACUGCCGCUUCGGGCUGAUGGCGUGGGCGGUUUUAUGCCUUAACUACGCCCUAGUCCAGGUUGAGAGGGACGGCCACGUGGCAGACAGCAUGGCGGUCUCGGUCGCGCUAACCCUGAUCUACGUAACCAAGUUUUUCCUGUGGGAGGCGGGUUACUGGUGCACCAUGGACAUCGCACAUGACCGGGCCGGCUAUUACCUGUGCUGGGGAUGCCUCGUGUGGGUCCCCUGCAUCUACACCUCCCCUUCCAUGUACCUAGUCAACCACCCAAUCCACCUCGGUUACGUGACCGCCGCUCUAGUUCUCGCCGCCGGCACGCUGUGCAUCUACAUUAACUACGACUGCGACCGCCAGCGCCAGUACUUCCGGGCGACGCACGGCAAGGGCCUCAUCUGGGGCAAGAAACCGUCCAAGAUCGAGGCGACAUACGUGACCGAAAAUGGGGAAACGAAGACGAGUUUGCUGCUGACCUCGGGCUGGUGGGGGCUAGCCCGUCACUUCCAUUACGUCCCUGAGAUCCUGGCCGCCUUCUUCUGGACGGUGCCGGGGCUCUUCAACCACGCGUUGCCGUAUUUCUACGUCGUUUUCUUGACCAUCCUCUUGUUCGAUCGGGCAACACGGGAUGAUGUACGGUGUCGUGAAAAGUACAAGAAGUUCUGGAAGAAGUAUUGCGACCGGGUCCCUUACAAGAUUGUUCCCGGUGUUUACUGAGGUGCAGUAGGGGUGUUCAAUGAGUUGCUGAUCUGGCGACGGUUCAAGGCCCAGAUCUCGUUGUCACUGCUCAUUAUGGUGUGAUCCAGUUGGGGCAAUGAGCAAUCGAAGUGGUUAUUUUCGGGUCGCUCAACAGAGAUCGGUCCCCAAUGCCGUAGGUUAAGCCGGAGUGUUGCUAAACAAGCGGAUUUGGUUCGAAGGGAGCCGAGAGUUUAGUUGAUUGCACGCAACAUUGGUGGCCGUUGUUUCGAUCAUGCCCCUGCUAACAGUGCUUUGGGUGCACGUGCUUGUCUAGCGUACGGUAAUCAGGACAUGAGCAGUCUCAAGGCUGCCAAGGCAACCUAUAAGCCCGCAGGCACCUCUGAUCACUGUCAGCAAUUGCAGAUCGUCAUGGUCAGAAUUGGUGGCCCGUGGAAAAGACUUGGGUGCAGAUUCUUGCAUGCCGAGAUCAUAUGUUGGAAU